UUUUAUUUUUAGCACAGAUUGAGUUUCCAGUCCCUGAUUCAGCAGCCAGCGACACUUAGCAACACAACGCUGUGUAAGGCAGAGCAGUUGCUACAGCUGUAUAACACAGACCUGAGUCCUUUGUGAAGUGUUGAUAUCAGGAUGCUGAGAAGUGAGGAGGAGGAGAAAGAGAAAGAGAAAGACGAUGCCUGCGACACCAUAGACAAUGGAAAACUGCCAAAUCAUUGUGAUGCUCGGACAUCGUUUUAAAGGACACACAAGCAACGGCUGGCGGAAGAUUCAAACUGAAUGUCAGCUUUGACACAAGGUGACCCAGUAUCUCAGAGGCUGCAUCUCUCAUGAGGCAAUGUCAGGUAGAAACUUCCAGAUAGAAGUCUGUUUUUGUCUGAGACUUCAACUUUUGCGAAGAUGAGCUUGAUUAUGAUCCCACUCAAGACUGAAGUACCAAAGGAAGGGAAGGAGUACUGAAGAAAGUGUAACACUGGGCACAGGGCAAGUAGUGCUGAGGAGGAAGGGAUGAGACUCAUGAACUAAACAUAGAAAAGGAAUCACAAGCCAUUAAGUCACUGUUAGCCAAAACGUGCUGACUGGACAUUGGAGUCCAUCCAUCCAUCCAUCCAUCAUCUACCGCUUUAUCCUCCACCAGAGGGUCGCGGGGGGGUGCUGUGCCAAUCUCAUCUGACAUAGGGCGAUAGGCGGGGUCACACCCUGGACAGUUGGUAAAGAGAAGUCCUGUUGCAUUAUCUGACUCUCUCUCUUCUUUCUUCAUGCUGCACUGAUGAUGAACAGACAACUAAACCUCUCUCAUUAACUAUUCUGUGGAUUUACCAGUUGCCUGGUUGACAUACAUUUUUAACGAGCAUUUCCUGAGAAAAUGGCAACUUAUUUGUUACAUAUCAAGCCAGAUGUGUUUUUUUGUCCUGAGGGGAAUAUCUGGUGUUUUUACCUAACGAUGUCAAACCAAGCUGUCAUCGAUCAACUUUAAAGAUGCAACAAACUAAAAGAGGAAAUUAACCCCCUGAAAGUUUUUUAAGAUGACUAUGUCCUCUCCCAUGGGACCAGAAGUUGUCGAUCUGACUCAGCCUAUCCCUGUCCCAAAACUGACCGUCUUCCCGCCAUCAUCAGAUACAGAGUCCUGGUCUCGCUCACCUAGUCCCAGACUGUCACGCUUCAGUCGCCACAGCCGAUCUCACCUCAGCAGGACCAGUACUAAAAAACGAAACGAAGAACAUCAAGGUUGCAGUCCUAGGCGGGGUAAAACGCCACAAAUUGUUAUCAAGGACGAUGUGGAGAAGGUCACCUUUCUACGCCGAAGCCCCUCCCCCUCUACUGACAUCCAAAUUGAGGGGGAAGAGCAAGGUAAGGGCAGCCCUUCACAGGACCUCCUCCUGCCACCUUCUUGCUCGUGGUCUCGUAGUCCUUCUCCCAGCCGCCGCUCUCGUUGGUGUCUCAGGAGCCUGUUCAGCAGAGACUCUGAGUGGGACAGCUGCAGCACAGCCAGUAACUCACCUCGCAGCACUCCUGGCAGCUCUCCCUCCCUGCGGCGCAGGGUCCUUGGUGGCGGCGGCGGCAGGGCCAGUGAGAAUGAGGGAGGAGGCGAUAAGUGCACUACUGGAGGAGGUGGAGGUUCAGAUAGCCCCCUGCCCUCCAUAUCCUCAGCCUCCUCCCUCACAUCUGCAUACCCACUUGCUUCUCGCCCCUUCAGCCGCAAUGCCAAGAAAAUGCAGAGCUGGUACAAUGUUCUCAGUCCCACAUACAAACAGCGGAAUGAAGAUUUCCGUAAACUCUUUAAGAAACUUCCUGACACAGAGCGACUCAUAGUGGAUUACUCUUGUGCUUUGCAGAAGGACAUCCUGCUUCAGGGCCGUCUUUAUCUGUCAGAGAAUUGGCUGUGUUUCUACAGUAACAUCUUCCGUUGGGAAACCACUAUCACUAUCCUGUUGAGAGAUGUGACCUCGAUGACGAAGGAGAAGACGGCUAAGCUCAUCCCAAAUGCCAUCCAGAUUUGCACUGACAAUGAGAAGCAUUUCCUCACGUCUUUUGGAGCCAGGGAUCGCAGCUUCAUGAUGAUUUUCCGUCUGUGGCAGAAUGCACUGUUGGACAAGUCGUUGUCCCCUAAAGAGCUGUGGCACAUCGUGCACCAGUGUUACGGCACUGAGCUGGGCCUUACCAGUGAAGACGAUGACUAUGUCUCCCCCAUUGCCGAGCACAUGAACGGCCUGCUGCCAUGUGACGAGUCAGUGUUGGUCACAGAUCUGCUCGACCUGAGCUCGGUGUCGGUUCCCUCUACAGGCAGCUCUCCCCCUCCGCUGGUGCCCUGUCGUCCCGCCAGCCCUUCCUCUGCCACUAACCUCGGGGGCUCGUCUUCGUUCUCUUCCGCCUCCUGUCUGCCCAUAGAGGUGCCUUCUGCGUCUGGACGUAGACUCAGCUCUGACCCACUUGAACCCAGCCCCCCCAGCUCCCAGAGUGUAUUACCAACCACCACUGCCCCCAGUGCUUCCGUGUCAGCCUCUGCCCUGGCCUCUGCUGCUGCUUCAUUUUAUAUAGAAGAGGGCGGCGACAGCCUGUCUGAGUCAGCCAAUCAAAUGCUUCCACCACCAACCGCUCGGCUGGGAAACCUGUCCUCACUGGACGUUACCAAUGACGAGGAACUGCCCACUGACCCCAGCAACUCGUCUGACACGCAAGAAGAGAGUGAAGUGGAGUCCUUCUGUGCAGACCUGAGUGGACGACUGAACAUCAACUGUGUGGUCCGCAUGAGUGUGGACAAGCUUCACGACCUGCUGUUCUCUGCUGACACACACUUCAUCCAGCACCUUUUCUCUCAGCGCCACUUUACUGAUCUGAUCGUUGGUGAAUGGCAGCAGGACAGCAGCAGUGGGAAUACCACCCGUGUGCUCAGCUACACCAUAGCUCUCAACAACCCCCUUGGCCCCAAGACUGCCCCUGUGGUGGAAACGCAGACGUUGUAUAAGAGCAGUGCACGAGGAGAGUGCUAUGUAGUGGACUCUGAGGUCAUCACCUCAGGUAUCCCAUACCAGGACUACUUCUACACCGUCCAUAGAUACUGCCUCACCUCCAUCAACAAGCACAAGAGCCGCUUAAGAGUUUCCUCUGAAAUCUGUUACCGGAAGCAGCCGUGGAGUCUGGUGAAAGCACUGAUUGAGAAGAACACGUGGAGUGGUGUUGAGGAGUACUACAGACAUAUGGAGGGAGAGGUGUGUAAGCUGGAGACACUGCUGCAGUCUGAAGUUUCAGUGAUGACCACAGGUGACGCAGUCAGGGCCGAAGGUGUCAAGACGCCGCCAGGUCUGCGCCGCCGCAAACGCACCUGCUCUCGGCGAGAUGGAGCGGGUGUGGCUACAGGAGAGCGAGGGGAUAGAGGAGUUGGAGAGGCGAGGGAAAGAAGAGAAACUGGUGGUCAGUAUUUGAGGCUGGGGGAGCGUUCACAUGGCGGAGGACACAACAGUAUUUCCACCAUCCUCCUCAUUGUCAGCUUUAUUCUGGUGGUGCUGGUGGCUCUCAACAUGCUGCUGUUCUACAAGCUGUACGCUCUGGAAAGAGCAGCUCAUACACUGGAGACGUGGCACUCCUAUUCUCUUGCUGACAGUCCACUGCCUCAGACGGCCGGAGAGUGGGCGCAGGUCCUGCAGCUCCAGAGGCAGUUUCACCAGGCUCAGCUCAGUAAGUGGCAGCAGAUCCUGCAGUCCACCGUCACACUUCUGGACCAGAUGAAGCAGUCUUUAGAGAAGCUCCACCUGGGCAUCGUGGUUCCAGAGGUGCACCAGGAUCAACCCACCAACACACUCACAGAGCCGGUGUCUGAGGGAUGAGCUGUACCUCUGCUGCUGGAGCAACACUGUCUGUGAUACUCGACUCCACAAAUAAACAAAAAACUCCCCCACAUGUGGGACAUGCAGGGGCAGGAACUGAUGGCAGCACCCGCCUCCUUGAGGAGCCCUGCAGUAAUGAACGUAUACAGCUGCAAGUCAUCUGUAUGUUAACGUGUGGAAACAGGUCGGCUGUCUCACACCUUCCACUUCCUCCACUCAUAAAACUGACCUGCAACAUUUCAUCCACUCACUGGAACAGGAAGUGUGGGCUCCACUUCCUCUGACGAAUGCCUGCUGAAACAAGAAAGGAGCAUUUCAACACCAGAUUUCAUUUGACAUCUGAGACACUCCCACUCCUCCUUUAAGAAGCUUUUUGGGUUUUAUUUGAGUUGUUUGUAAGGACCAUCACAGUAUUUAUUAUUCCCAAUGACUGAAGUGCUAAGUGCUGUCUGCUCUGUCUGCUCUGAGACGUCACCUGGUGGCUGCUCGGGUUUGCUGUUACAAUGAGGACCAAAAUGAUGUCAAAUGAUUACUGGUCUCAGCAAUAAUAACUAUAGUGAUUCUAGUCAUUUUUGAAUGUCUCAAGCUAAGAAUGAUGAAAAUAAUGAAGAAGAAAUGUAGUCGUAGAAAUAAACAAACCAGGAAAGAAAAAGAUCUCCUCAAUGUUACUUGAUAUCAAACAUUUCAUUUUCAUAGCAUUUCUUUUCUUCCAUAUAGAACUAAAAUAUUACUAGUGACUUGUUUGUUUCACUGGAUCGCACAUUUUAAAACGUAAAGGACCAACCAAAUAUUUGUUGGCCCAUGUAAAGAUAAAGGGAAUCUGUUUUGCAGUAUUAUUUCUCUUCUUUCUUUCUUUUUUUAUUUCUUUUUCACAUUCUGUCUCAGCUCUUUUGUUUGGAUCUGUCAUUUCUGUCCAUUAUUGUUGACUUUUUGCCUCCGAUGAAAAAUGAUGUGAAAAUCUGCACUCCCAUCUUUUUUUCUCCUCUCCACUCUUCUUUAUCUCUCUCUCUCUGUCUCUCUCUCUCUCUCUCUCUCUGUCUGUCUGUCUGUCUGUCUCUCUCUCCGUGCAUCACGUGGGCCCUGCUGUGCAUGGCCAUCCACAGAUAAGAAAAGGAUGUAAUAUUUAUUAAAGAGAGGAGGAGGGAGGAUGUACUGUCAUGGAGAGAAAUGAAAAAUGUUAUAAAACGUGAAA